ACACAACGCUCAUUCAUGAAAUGGGCUUCGCACCGUUAAUCAGCUGGCCGAUCGAACGAGAGGUGCGUGUGCCGCUAGCUGAGCUCGGGGAGGCGUAACCAUUCGCAUUUUUGUUGGAAUUUAUCAUCACUGUUAAGUGUUAAAAUAACAAUUAAGUUCAUUCUGCGCCAAGUAUUGAUUCACAACUAUUGAAAUCUGUUCACUGUUGGUUACUAAAACAGACGUGGACUGGAUAUUCUUUAUCAUCAAGAGAGCUACCGGCUACCAGUUUUGUUGAGAACCACUUGCAAAGUUGCAUUGAUUCGCAUCGCCCUGCACGUCUAAGAAAUGUUCCCCCGGUACCUUCGGGGAGUUUAUUAGGAUCUUGCUUGGUAAAUUUGUUGGAUUGUAUGAUGCAGUGGCUUAUACCAUAGGGAAGAUUUAGCUGGAUUGUUUUAUCUGAAAUUUAACCUGAUGCAAACUAAAAUACAGAUGGUUGAGGAGAGAACCAAAGAGUAACCAUGAAAGGAAACCCUCUCAGGAAGUUAUAAUGUGAAUGGAUUCACAAAGAAGAGGCACAGAUUUUGAAAUGGAUUUACUCUGGUUUAAAUGAGCUGUGGAGAACAUUUGUAUAAAGAGGGAAGAUUGCACAUACAAUGUGAUGUGUGCUGCUGAUAUUGUGAUAUUACUGUGAAGAAAGCAACUGCAUCAAACAUUGACAUGGGAUGGUAGCUGUUUCAUUAAAGGAGACCUUGAGGCUCCAGCAUAUUGGAUCCAAGGAUUUAGAAACAAUGUUAUUCAUGAACCCAAUUUAACUAGACAGUACUCCUGUUCUUGAAGAACAUCAUAGUGUAGAGUGUUAUUUUUUUCUCAAUUAUAGUAGUAUUAAAAGGAUAACCAUGGAAGAACCUCAAGAGGAAAUCAAUUCUUUGACCCAAGAUGAGGUCCUUCCCUUUGUCAUGUGGACAGUGGCAACAGCUGUACUUGUAGUCAACAUCAUUAUCCUCAUCUUGGGUGUGGUCCGGAAGCGAGAGAUACCUGUAGAUGCUUUCCUUAUUCACAAUUUACUCUUCUGUUACCUCCUUCUCUGCCUCCAUCCUUAUGUUAUCCUCACCACAAACAUUGUUCUAAGCCAUCAUCAAGAUGAAACUGUCAUCAAGGCUCUAUGUAGCUUUGCAAGCUUCGUAGGUGUUGCCACGUCCACCAUGUGCAUGUGGACCAUGGUGACCUUAGCCAGUAGCUUCCUUCUCCGUCUCCUGUUGCCAAGGCGAUUCAAGAACCUUAAGUCGUACCUCAAUGCCUUGAGGAUCGUUCUUAUUGCAGAGUGGGUGUUGGUUGGUCUCUUCGCUGUAGUGCCUCUGAUACCGUUCCCUGUGUUUGCUGAAGCCCAACAGACAUCCAAGGUUUAUCUCUGUCUCCCACUUCAUACCAUGCUAGAGAAACAACCAAUGUGGAUCUACACAUUAGUCCUGGCUUCCAUGGAUGGUCUGUCUAUCAUCAUCCUGCUCAUGCUCAUCGUCGUCACCGCCUGCCAGCUCCACAAGCAACAGCGCAACACUGUAGGGGUAACACCCAUGGAAGCAAGAGUCAUCCAGAAGAAUGCAGCUCUGGUCAAACGUGUUGGCCUCAUGAUGCUCAGCACUGUUGCCUUCCGCUUCCCUGGAGUGGUAGCCAUCUUUGGUGCUAAUCUCAAUGUGAGUAUUCCAACGGUGGUUUUCCAGUGGGUUUUCGGGAUAGUGCUUCCUUUCAGUGGGAUCAUCGGACCAGUCAUCUACGUCUUCUAUGCUGGUCUGGAGGACACCACUCUUGAAGCCUGUUGGCAUACCUGCAGGAAGAAAGCUGUGAAAGGUGGCAGUGCUUUACGUGUCGGGCUUGGUCAGCUUGCUCGUACAGUCCCACCCUCUAGAGCUUCUGGCCAUGGAAAGGGAACAGACUUAGAGGGAGCCCUAGCCAACGGGAUGGGGCCGCAUACUCAUGAUACCUUGCCGAGGGGUAGCAACCGCGCCCCGGGUGAAGCAUCGUGGGUAGAGCAUGUCCUCAUGCAAGCAAGACCAGAGAACUUUGGCAUAGUAGAAUGGCAGACCAGUAACGGAUCCCCUCGCAGAGGUCUCCUGCAGACGUUCCAUCCGGACCACUACCAGCAGUGGAAGACCGAGGCCCUGACUCUCUCACGGCUUCAGUCUAAACGCUUUCACCCGCACAUCAUAGAAUGCCUGUGGCACUCCAAUAGUUCCAAGACCCGCUUGGAUCGGGGAACAGGCAAAGAUGCAGCAAGGCCAGUCUACUUGGAAAGGUAAGACCUUUGGUAUCUCUUACACUCAAAUAAAAAAAAAAUGAAAAAUUGCAUGUAGCAUUUCUUGCUCUCAUGCAAUUUUUAUUCUUUCACAGGUACAAGUGUCUCUGACCCAGUCCUCUUCAAGUUCAAAGGCUCUCUUGGACAAGGGUUAUUAAGUACACUGCAGAUAAGGAUGCUGCAAGUCCAGUAGAGAUAAUUGCCAUUUGCCUUCUUUUCAAUAUUUAGUAAUUUUGAUUGGAACAGUACUUGUAUUGAGAUUUCUUCCAACCAUGUCAUGGACUACCACAACUCCAAGAUCCAAUCAGAUAGGUACAUAGGCAAGACCUUUACAGGCUUACCUGUAGGUCCUGACUUUAGUAUACAAAUUUUGCUACUUUAAAUCUUUGGAUACCUCUGGUAUUGUUGGAUUUAGGAAUAGGCAAAGGGCAAUUCCAAGCAAAAGUGGACAUUUUCCAAAAAUUUAUAUUGGCUCUAUUUUAAAUCUGGAUCAAAAUUUUCUCUUAAAACCCAUAUGUGUUUUCAUAGAUACAAAAGGGAAACAUAGUUAGCCACAAUUUUUUUCUUAUGCAUCUCCUUAUAGGUGAAUCCAAACAAUACAAAAAAUUCUAUACAUGGGACUACAUAUAUUGUUUUUUACUUUAUUUUAAUUUAACGGAAAACUUUUGCUUUUUUUGUCAAGUUUUCUUUUGGAUAAUCUGAAGGUCAUCAUUUUACAUCACAUCAAAAAGAAAAUUUUAAAAUAUAAGUUCAUUUUACGUUGCCUGUGUGUGAAUAUUUCAGAUGUCAUUCCGUAACCGUCACUCCGUAACCGGGUAUUGGUUUAUGUUUUUAAGUUGUAAUUAAUGAAAAAAUACACAAAUUUUUUAAUGUAAUGCAGCAUAUUAAAGCUAGAACAACAUAGAAUCCAAUCAAUAACUCAACAUUGUGAUAGCCAUUUAAAGUUCACAGAGUUUGAGCAAUAAGUUUUCUCCUCAAAUAUGCAUGUCCAUUUUACGUCACUCCGUAACCAUGAUUAUGAAUAUUCAUAUCUCAUUAAUUCAGUGGAUC